GGCGUGGAUUAGGCUGCCAGUGUGGACAACUCUUAGCCAAGCAGAGUGACAUCAUGAAUAUCAUGGUGAAGAAGAAGAAGUACAAGUUCCAGGUGGAUCUGGAACUGGCUGAGCUAACGGCCGUGCCAUUUGUGAACGCCGUGCUGUUCUGCAAGGUGCACCUGCUGGACGGUGGCAAGUUCGAGGAGCUGUCUUCCAGGGAGGAGGUGCGGGACCACACGGUCAAGUGGAACGCGCGCAUGUCGUUCAGCGCCAAGCUGUCGGCGCCGAGCACCACCGGCGUGCUGGACCCGUGCCUGCUGCGCAUCUCGGUCAGGAAGGAGGCGAAGGGCGGCCGCUCCUACCAGAAGCUCGGCUUCGCCACCAUCAACCUGGCCGAGUUCGCCGGCGGCGUGGGCCAGUGCCGGCGCUACCUGCUGGAGGAGCACGACCUGCGCCACCGCCAGGACAACUCCAUGCUCAAGGUGGUGCUGUCUACGACCCUGCUGAGCGGCGACCCUUGCUUCCGCACGCCGAACCCGCGCUCUGCUCACCUGCCGAGCGAGCCGCCCGAGCCCGGCGGACCGGCGGCGGCCGCCGUCGAGACGGUACGCGCCGGCACCGGCGGUCUCCAGCUGAAGGACGUCACCAAGGGCAGAGGUGACUGCGCCACGUGCGGCGUGGUGCCGGGCGAGGCGGCCGAGGGCGCGCCGCCUCCGGACGAGACGGCAGAGCUGCCCGGGCACUCACGCAACUCCAGCAGCCAGUCGGGCUACGGCAGCCUCAAGUCACAGAGCCAGUCGGAGCCGUCCCACAGCCGGCAGAGCAGCAGCUCCGAGUCGGGCCACCUCAGGACCACCAGCAGCGGCUCGGGCCUCUCGGACUACAACUCGAUGGAGCGCGCCGCCGCCGGCGACAAGCGCAAGAAGGAGGCGUCGGCCUGCUCGCGGUUCGACGCCACGCGGGUCGAUCCGGAGGACGUCAUCAACGACCUCCUGCAGAACGCCGAGCUCAGCACGGACCCGGACGAGUCGGCCGAGACAUCCGGCCUGCAGCUGUUCGUGGCCAGGGACGGCAGCACGGCCUUCACGUCCGGUGCCCACGCUGCCAGCUACCAGCCGGUGGUGAUCAGCAAGCGGUAGUGGGUGGGCUGGCCGGCUGGGCCGCCCCGCGCCCCCGGCGUCCGGCGGAGGGCGCCUCUAGUCCUGCGGCGCGGGGCGGCCGCCGGCCCGCCGGCCCGACACCACCGCAGCGGUGUGUUCAGUAACCAGCCACAGCGCCGCCGGCCCGGGUGUGUUCUUUGGUUUUUUGGCGUGCCGCGUGGACGGAGCAUGCUGUCGCGCGCGGCGUCUGGGCAGAACGGGACGACUAUUGUCCCUGCUUCGGCCACUGCUUGUGCAUGCCAAUGCCGGUCAUUAUGUGUUGUGUGUGGCCGGCCCCGGGCCUCUCGCGCGUCUGCCGGCCGCGGCGUGACGGCACCCGCUUGGCGCUCCGACAGCGAGGAGGAAAGACGUGUUUUCUAGUCCAGCGCAGCUGGUGGUUGCUAUUCCUCGCAAUAUGAUUACACUGUGUCUCGCCGUCUCUUUUCUACGUGGUCUUUGUGGGCGAUUUACGUCUGAGUUGUUCGUAUUAUUCGUGGAGCUCGAUAUGAAUGCGACUUCCGCUGAUGUUUUAUCAUUGACGACUUCAUGAAUGGCUGCGCUUGCCUUUGAUAUCGUGCUUGUCUUGAAGCGUUAAUGGUGCUUUGACCCGGGCAGGAUUUCGUUCGAACAGACGUGAUUGUCAAGCUCCGGUGCCAAAUGGAUGUUUUUUGCGUUUCGUGGAACAGUUUGUAAUGCUUUAUCCGUCUCCGACUUUCAAAUUUUUACGAAUCGUGUUGACUGCAUAGAAAAGAAUAAAGUCUACUUAAUUCGG